UUCUCAAUGUCAAGCCUUCCAACAGUUUCGACUGAAAACGUAAAAAUCCGUUUUUUUACGUUCCCGUGGGAAUUUCGGGAAGUGGGUUUUACUACUAUGCGAUCAAAAACGAGUUGCUGUCGAGUCACCUUUGGAAUUUUUGUUUACAUGGGCAAUCUCAAAGGCGAGUAGACACUGUCUCGACUGCUACAUCAGAAACCUUCGCGGGCAUACCGUGCAACCAUUCCCCAAAGUUUCAUUGCAAUGGUAUGAACGGUUUAGGAAGUAUAAGAGGGUAAGAGACAUAGGGUAGGUACAUAGAAACAGCGACGGGCAAAACAUUCACUUUUAUUUAGGUAUAAAUAUGUGCAUGUGCACAUGAAUACCUUGAUCCUUGAGCAGAUAAGGUAGGUAGGUUAGGUAGAUACCAUGAUUAGUCAGACUUUCGUGGUCUAUAAAAAUGAUUAUGAGCGGAAAUUUAGUUUUUAGAUAGCCUUAAGGUACGAAAUUUAAUUAUUUACGGCGUAAAUUAACUAAUCUACAAAUCACUGUAGUGCUUCCCAUAAAUGAAUUACCUACCUAAACCUAAUGAUUUUUAAAUAAAAAUAGUAGGUGGAUGGAAGGGUGUAUGUACAGGGGUUAAACAGCAAAAAAAUUAAAUGGAGUAGUGAUCAAUACUCUACAAUGCAAUUUUUAAUUUUAAAAAUGCUGUACAGCUUUAAGAACACAUAAAGCGAACAGAAUGAGAAGCACACUAAAAAUACUCGUUAUUUUCGUUGUUACUUUAACACUGUGCGACGGUUCUCGAGUUUUAGAAUUGACAGACAAGUUUGCGGAGAUCCGCAGGGAUGGCGGACACUGGCUGGUUAUGUUCUACGCCCCAUGGUGCGGUCACUGUAAACGUUUAGAACCGAUAUGGGGCCACAUCGCCCAAACCUUAUACAAGACGAAUAUACGUGUCGCGAAGAUCGAUUGCACUCGUUUCACCGGACUCGCGAAGGAGUUCGGUAUUAACGGCUUCCCCACAAUCAAAUUUUUUAAAGUCGAUCAAGACUUUACGUACAAUGGUGAUCGUACGAAGGAAGACAUUGUCAAUUUCGCCUUGCGAAUGUCGAGCCCUCCCGUGCAGGAAAUUACUCGGCCGGAUAGUUUCGUCAACAUUAAGAGUAGUAAUAACGUUUUCUUUCUGUAUGUGGGACAACGAGAGGGUCCUUUGUGGGAGUCGUACGUACAGAAUGCCGUAAAACUUCAACAGUACGCAUUUUUCUACGCAACAAGCUUCGAUGUGGCCAGUCAACAUGUUACAAUCGAAGGAGAUCCUGCUGCGAUGGUUUGCAAAGAGAACUCCUGCUAUUUCUACACAGUGGAGAGCGACGCGGAUUUGGAUCACAUUAAUAGCACCCUCAACAAAUGGAUAAACGAGGAACGGUUCGAAACGUUCCCCAAAAUCACGCGUGGCAAUAUCCACGAGAUUUUUCACACGAAAAAGUAUGUCGUGAUCGCGAUCGUCGAGGAAAAUAAACUACAACAGAUCUCUCCAGAGAUGCUGGAGUUUCGAGACAUGGUCGAAUCGGUUAUUAGAAAAAAUCGAGAUAAGUACCACAAACAUUUCCAAUUUGGCUGGAUCGGUAGUCCGGAGUUGGCGAAUAGCAUAGCAAUGACCGUUUUACCGCUACCGUAUCUACUCGUUUUGAAUUCGACAACUAAUCAUCAUCAUAUACCCGAGGAUGAGCCUACGCAGUUGACCGUUGAUGCUCUUAGCAUAUUUUUGGAACAAAUAUACAAUCAGAGUGUACCUGCCUAUGGUGGGAAUAGUUUUCCAGUUCGAUUGUAUCGUACGUAUUUCGAAGCGCGUACAUCCAUCGGAGACAUGUGGAAGGGAAACCCUGUACUUACUACAGUUUUAUUUGGACUUCCUCUCGGUUUUCUUUCACUCAUUUUAUAUUCCAUAUGUUGUCAAGACAUUCUUGAUGCCGAUGAAGAGGAUGAAGAAACUGAACCAUUGCUCCAGCACGAGAAGAAAGAGUAGAAUUCUAGUCUUUGUAGACUGCAUAAGUGCAUAUGUCACCAGUCUUCAAGUUUAUUGCUAACUGGACCGGAUUUCUACAGUUAUAAUUUUAAUCAGUGUAUAUGCUACAAAUGUUCAAAAAUGAUGUUAAUACAAUUCUUAAAUUUU